AUGCAAAGAACAUUCGCAAGAAAUAUGAAAAAUGCCUAAGCAGGAGGUAUGCCUAGAUAGCCAAGUGGCGGCUAAUCUAAGAAAGAUAAAGAAAUGGAGGAGUUCUUUAAGAUGAAUCAAGCUUAAAUGAAAAGAAUGGAGAGUCUGAUAAAGGGCACUAAUUUUGAGAAGGCUUUGGAUGAUUUUAUUGAUUAGCAAGUAUCUUAGGGUAAAUCGAAUGAAGAUAUCAUGAAGGGAGCUCUAGGACAGAAUUUUAACAAAGUAGAAGGAUUGCCUAAUCAGGAUGUUGAGAUAGAUCCUGAUGAACUUAAUAUUGAUGAAAAUGUGUUCGCAGAAUUUUAAAAGAUGAUGGACUAGAAAAUGCAAGAUCCAGAAUUCUCUAAAGAAGCCGAGAUAGCUUUGGAAAAACUAAGACGAGAUCAGGAAAUGAAUUAAAAUGGAAGUAAUUUUGGAAAAGAAAUUACAGAUGAAGAUGAUGAUAAUGAUAAUGAAUUGGAGGAAUUAGAGAAAUUAAAAGCUGCUAAAACUAGGAAUACCAACAACCCUUAGGAAUACUUAAACACUCAAAGUUAAACUAUAGAUACAUCAACUGCUACUGAUAAAGCCAAUUUUUAAGAUCAGCAAAAAGGUGGAAGAUAAAGAUUAGAUGACAUGAGAAAAAACUUAUUUAAAAAAUGA